AUGGCCCGCGAAACAUGGGCCGCCUUACCUGCUGCCUUGGCAUCUUCCUAUAUGGAAAGAGAGGGAGGGGGAAGAGAGGACUUUCUUCUUUUGCCCAUUCCAGCAGGAACUGUCUUGAAAGAGUAUAAGGAGAUCAAGCACUCACGGCCGACGCUACUGCUUCUAACUCAAUAUAAUAUAGCGCGGCUACUCGACUUUAUUGAAUCUUUUCCCGACCUCUCUAUGAGAACUCUGGAGCAGAUUAAAUGGAUGGAUAAGAUGCUUGAUAAUAAUAAGGGUCAAUUUACUCUUUGCAGCCACCUCAACGUUAAGGCUGAAGCGACGGCUGAAAAUGAUCGAGAUGAUUCGUACCUACGACGCUUCCUAUUGCAGGAAAAGCCCCCAGAGAGGAUUAUUCAGGGCAGUGAUUGCGCCUGGGAUACCGAUCAAGGACUAGAGUGUUGCGUCUCCACAGCUCUGGAAGACAAUGAUUCUUGUAGUGACCAUUCCUCUGAGGAACUGGAUUGA